AUGAGUCGCUCACUGCUCCGCUCCGUGCUGGAGCUGCGCACCCCCAUGACGCGCCUCCCGCCGUCCUUCCUCCUGCCCAUCCGCUCGCGCGCCCUCACGACGACGACGCAACACGUCGACCCAUCGAUCCCCCCGACCAACACCCCGACACAAACAAGCAUCCCGCCCAGAGCGCCCUCGCCACCAACCCCCAACACACUGAGCCGGCCGCAACAUCAAACCCCCCCGGCACCGCCCUCCGCAGCCGCAGCCGCCACAGCCCCCUCAACCGCCCAAUUCCUCCCGCUCCUACGCGCGCAGCCCAACCACUACAUCACCAUCCUAAUCCACGGCCGCCCCUACCUAGUAACCGAAGGCGACCAGAUCCGGCUGCCGUUCCUGAUGCACGGGGUGCUGCCGGGGGACGUGCUGCGGCUGACGCGGGCAUCGGUGCUGGGCUCGCGCGACUACACGCUGCGGGGCGCGCCGCUGGUCGACGAGCGCUUGUUCGAGUGCCGUGCCACCGUCACGGGCGUCGAGAGCGAGCCGCUGCGCGUCAAGGUCAAGACGAAGCGCCGCAACCGCCGCAGCCAGCGCGUCGCUAGCAAGCACCGCUAUACCAUCUUACGGGUUAGCGAGCUUAAGGUCUUGGGGCCUGCGGCGUGA